CGCUGCCGCCCGCGCGGCGCCUUUAAGGCCUGGCCUACGUGGCAGCAGAGCCCAGCGGCGGCGCGGCCCGGCCCGGCGCUCCCUCAGCUUGCUCUCGCGCCCGCCCCUCCCGCCGCCGUCCCUCAGAGCGAGGCUGGGCCACAGGCGCUCAGUAGCCGGCAGCGUCCUGUCCUGUCCUGUCCUUUUCCCUCCUUCUCCGUUCUUCGGCCGCCAUGGGUCAGAACGACAUCAUGGGCACUGCUGAGGACUUCGUGGACCAGUUCCUGCGGGUGACCAAGCAGUACCUGCCCCACGUGGCGCGGCUGUGCCUGAUCAGCACCUUCCUGGAGGACGGCAUCCGCAUGUGGUUCCAGUGGAGCGAGCAGCGGGACUACAUCGACGGCACCUGGAACUGUGGCUACUUCCUGGCCUCCAUCUUUGUCUUCAUCAAUCUCUUUGGACAGCUCAGUGGCUGUAUCCUGGUGCUGAGUAGGAACUUUGUGCAAUAUGCCUGCUUUGGACUGUUUGGAAUUAUAGCAUUACAGACUAUUGCAUACAGCAUUCUAUGGGACCUGAAGUUCCUGAUGAGGAACCUUGCCCUUGGGGGAGGCUUGCUGCUGCUUCUGGCUGAGUCACGCUCGGAGGGGAAGAGCAUGUUUGCCGGUGUCCCCACCAUGAGGGAAAGCUCUCCAAAGCAGUACAUGCAGCUGGGGGGCCGUGUGCUGCUGGUCCUCAUGUUCAUGACACUGCUGCAUUUUGAUAUGAACUUCUUUUCUAUUCUGCAGAACAUUGUGGGCACAGCCCUGAUUAUCUUGGUGGCAAUUGGCUUCAAGACUAAGCUGGCUGCCUUGACUCUUGUCAUCUGGCUCUUUGGCAUCAACAUCUACUUCAAUGCUUUCUGGACCGUCCCAGCCUACAAGCCCAUGCACGACUUCCUCAAGUACGACUUCUUCCAGACCACCUCUGUCAUUGGAGGGCUUCUCCUCGUGGUUGCACUGGGUCCUGGGGGAGUCUCCAUGGAUGAGAAGAAAAAAGAGUGGUAACAGGAAUAGCAAACACUUCUUGGGACAUAACCUAUGAAGUCCAGAACUGAUUCUCUAUGGAUUCAACAAAAACUGCCAGCAUUUUACACGUACAUGCCCCCUUCCUAUCAAAGGCACAGGUGUUUUGAAUUUGAUUUCCAGUGGCACCAGUAACAUGAUAGUUAAAACCCCUCUUUCUUCAAGGAACGUUGCCUAGGCUUAUUCUAACUUCCUAGAUUGUGGAACUAACCCAAGGAGCCUGCACUUUGCUGAUGGCCUCAGUGAGCUGCAGUAGAACAGUUGCUGUCUUUUGAGGUCAGCAGUGUUCUAAAUUGGAAAAUACUGUGAGCAGAUACAGCUGCAUCUUUCAAGUGUGCUGUUGGGUUCUAGCUAGAACUUAAAGAAACAAGAAACCAAACCCCAAAGUGGAUCAUCCCCUUGGUCACCCUCAUCCACACUGCAUAAGGAGCUCCAUGGCUGGGUUUAGCAUUGCUUAGCAGGGUGGAAAGCAGCAUCACAAAAAAAAAUGAAUCACUGUUGUUUUGCUGCUCAGAGACCUGUAAUUCUAUUUUCUUUAAGAAGGGGAGGCCUUGCCUGGCCCCCAGUAGAAGGCAAAAAGAAGACCCUGCCAGUAGUUGUACUCCCCUCUAGGUAAGAAAAGGGAGAGAGGAGGGUUUAACACAUCCCACUUCUGCUCUUGAAGCGGGGGGACAGGGAAGAGUUUGGGAUUGCUAAUCAGGAAUCCUGUAUGGCUAAUGGUGUUUCAAGAAACAAAUGGGAGGAGAUAGUCCUACAGAGACAGAAUGUUCAGUUCUGUCAGGAUUCUGUGCCAAAAGAACUCUUUAUUCAGCAUUCUUUCCCCAAUGUAGCCCCUCCUGAAUUCCCAAGAGGGGAGCCAAGUUGUGCUGCAGGUUCCAUAAUAAAAGCUCCUUUCUGUUGUUAACCAGCUCUCAUCCAUCUGUCCCCCCACUUCCUGUCUGAAUUGCAGGUUAUUGGUGAAAGUGUCUUCAGAAUUACAGAAGUUCCCCCUUUUCAACCCCCAGCUCAGUCCAUGUCAGUCAGUCUUCUAAUCUGUAGUCUUUGCUUCUUAGAUUCACUUCUGUCAGCCUCUCAGCUGGCUGAACAGUGAGAGAACUGGGUGCUGAGCUCUUGGGCACAGCCCCUUCCCUCUGCCAUCUCAGACCAGCUGGAGGUGUGCAGGGAGGAAAGGUGGAGCUCAGCCCCAUGCUGCCCCUUCUCAUCUCUGCAAGCACACAGUUGUGGCUGAGGAAUGACGAGCAAAGCCUGUGCAGUGAGAGAGCAGCCAGGGAUGCAGCUUGCCUGUUCCGAGGAGCUCCUUCCCCAGCAGAGUGGUGAGGAGAACUGAAGGCUCCUUUUUCACCUCUCAGUGCCAUGACCUCUGUGCCAUGACCAUGCUUAGUGCUGCUCAGAGGAGGCAUUUUGCCCUCUGCUAGUCACCCAGGUAAAGCCUCUUCCCCUAGAUGAUGAAAGGACACCAGAAAGCCAGCCCUGCCAACCUGCUAACGUUCCCUUGAUUCCUUGCACUGUUGUCUUCUCCCUUGAGAAAGCUGCUCAACUGUGUGUCCAAGGAGUAAUUCAGCUGAACAGCAGGAGCUGCUGACCAGGCUUUCCUGGUGAGGACACCAGCCUGGCCAGGUCAGCUGAAAUGGUUGAUCUUCAGGAGAGAAAUCAUGCUGCAAGAGCUGCUGAGAAAUACAAGAGCACUCUUGAGCAUGAAACCAGUGAUUGCA